GCUCGAGCUCAGAGGCCUGCGCCAGUCGUUGCCACUCGCCAUGGAGGCAGUCGCGAGAGCAAGCGUAGCAGGAAGGUCGCAUGUGCGGCUUCCCCAGCGUUGGCGCCUGAGGCAGCGCCACGCCAUUCCUUCCUCCGCCGCAUGCCGUCCCCGGGGACGCGCGGUCGCCUGCGCCGCCUCCGCUGACGCCGAUGUCGUCCACCUCUUCGACGCCGCCAAGCUCACGGUGGACGAGUUCGUGACAAGCGGCAUGGUGGUCGGGCUCGGCUCCGGUGCCGCGUCAGGGCUCGCCGUCCAGUACCUCGGCACGCGCCUCCGGCGAGGCUCACUGACUGGCAUCGUCGGGGUACCCUCGUCUGCGACCUGUGCAAGUGAGGCAGAGAAAGCGGGGAUAAAGAUCAGCAGCAACGAGGAAGGCCCCAAGAUUGAUUUUGCUUUCACUGAUGCUGACAUUAUUGAAGAGGGCACACUUGCUGCCGUCAUUGGGCGCCGGAAAAUCGAGACUGGGGAGCCUUCUUUCAUUCAGGAGAAGGGUGUUGUUAAAUCAGCUGGCAAGGUUGCCUUUAUCAUUGACAAUGCCAAAUAUGUGAAUGGCGUCGAGGGUUCCAUUCCAGUUUUGAUCAAAAGUGGAAACUGGAUUGACACUGCUGAAGAGAUUGAUGACUUGUUCCUAGGCGAUGCAGAGGUUUGGAGGAGGCCAUCAAUUGGAACUGCCGGCCCAUCCGGAGGCGACUUCCCAUUGGUUACCAAGGAGGGCUAUCACAUACUUGAUGUUAUCUUCACGACCCCCAUCGAGGAUCUUGGAAAGGUAGCAGAAGACUUGGAGAACAUCGCUGGCGUUGUGGACCAUGGGAUAAUUUGCAACACUACGUCGUAUGCUGUCAUUGCGUCGAAGGGGGAAGUGCAGGUCCUAAAUCAGAAAUCAUCGGUGAUACCAAACACAUAAGUGUACCAAUUAAAUUACAGAGCCACCACUUCCCCCCAUAUUUUGACCGCAGAGUCUACUGCAAUGCAACAAGUGAACCGUGCGAUAAUUAUUUUGUGUUACAUGUCCAAAUUUUCCCCUCCAUAUGUAUUGGCAGUUUGGCACCCUGAAAAUUAUUCUAUGAUUCCUAAUCACAUGUUUAUAUAUGUUUGUGAUAUAUGAUGGAAGUAUUGUAA